GUGCGGGCGGAAGUGGCGUGCGGAACGCUUUAGCGAAGGGACCUGCGGAGUAAACAGAUACUGUGCGAACGCCUGUAGACGGUAUCUGGGCGCGGAGGCCAUCAUGAAUCGGCUCCAAGAUGACUAUGACCCCUACGCAGUUGAAGAACCUAGCGACGAGGAGCCGGCUUUGAGCAGUUCUGAAGAUGAAGUGGAUGUGCUUUUACAUGGAACUCCUGACCAGAAGCGAAAACUCAUCAGAGAGUGCCUUACUGGAGAAAGUGAAUCGUCUAGUGAAGAUGAAUUUGAAAAAGAAAUGGAGGCUGAAUUAAAUUCCACCAUAAAAACAAUGGAGGACAAGCUGUCCUCUCUGGAAACAGGGUCUUCCUUGGGAAAUGGGAAAGUUGGAGCAGUUCCCACAAAGUACUAUGAUGAUAUAUAUUUUGAUUCUGAUUCUGAGGAUGAAGACAAAGCAGCACAGGUGACCAAGAAGAAAAAGAAGAAACGACACAGGAUUCCAACAAAUGAUGAAUUGCUAUAUGAUCCUGAGAAGGAUAACAGAGAUCAGGCCUGGGUUGAUGCACAGAGAAGAGGCUACCAUGGUUUUGGAAUGCAGAGGCCUCGUCAACAACAGCAGCCUGUUCCAAAUAGUGAUGCUGUCUUGAAUUGCCCUGCCUGCAUGACUACACUGUGUCUUGAUUGUCAAAGACAUGAAUCGUACAAAACUCAAUAUAGAGCAAUGUUUGUGAUGAAUUGUUCUGUCAACAAAGAGGAGGUUCUAAGAUACAAAACCCCAGAGAACAGGAAGAAGAGGCGAGGCCAUAAGAAGAUGAGGACCAACCGUGAAGAUGCUGCAGAGCAGGCAGAGACGGAAGUGGAGGAAAUCUAUCACCCAGUCGUGUGCACCGAGUGUGCCACUGAAGUGGCAGUCUACGACAAGGAUGAAGUCUUUCAUUUUUUCAACGUUUUAGCAAGUCAUUCCUAAGUAGCUAAGUUGGCGUUUAAUUGCCCAAUACUGUGUAUAAGGCAAGUAUGGACAGUUAUUUUUCUCCUGCCUCUUCAUAUCAAGUGACAUUCUAGUGGUGGUUUUUUGUCUUUAUCUUUUUGAAAGAGAAUGGUUAUCAUCCUUCAUCCCUCCCCUUCCUUUUUUAAAAACUUUUCCACAGCUCUGAUGGGACUGAUAAUUCAUUCCUUUUUGAUGGACCUUUGGAAACUGUGGGGCUUUUUAUUUAUCAAAGCCCUUUAAAAUUAAAAUGUUCUGGAGUUACAAGUAA